AUGGGUUUCGGCGAUUUUGACUCGCUAUGCAAGCAGGUGGCCUUGCCGCUUUGCACAAUGGUCGGCAGCAAUAGCGUCGACGGAACCAAGGGCAUACAACCAGCCUGCUACUCGCGAACAAUCGAGGUCGCCAACACGGUCAUCUUUCAGGGCGCUGAUGGCAUCGCCCACAUCUGCGCCCUGCUCAUGACCGUCAUCAUGAUCGUCCACGUUCGCAGCAAGUUCACCGCCGUCGGUCGUAAGGAGAUCAUCAGUUUCUUCUGGAGCUACUUCCUGCUCACCAUCGUCUCGCUACUCGUCGACUGCGGCGUCGUUCCUCCUGGCUCCGGCGCAUAUCCCUGGUUCGUCGCUGUCCAAUGUGGUCUUUCUUCCGCUACUUGCGUCUCCCUCAUGAUUGCCGGAUUUGUCGGAUUCCAGUUAUAUGAAGAUGGUACAUUCUUGAGUGUCUGGCUGCUCAGAAUCUGCUCUGCCACAAUGUUCGCCAUCACUUUCAUCAUCAGCAUCUUGACCUUCAAGGGCUGGGCUGGCCUGGGCCCCGACAAUACUGUUGGCCUUUUUGUCGUCCUAUACAUUUUCAACGCCAUCUUCCUCGUCGUUUAUAUUGUCAUGCAGAUCCUGCUUGUAGUUGGCACGCUCCAAGACAGAUGGCCACUGGGCCACAUUGCCUUUGGCGUCUUCUUCUUCAUCGUGGGCCAGGUGCUCAUGUACGCAUUCGGCAAAUCUGUUUGCGAAGGCGUCUCUCACUACUUGGAUGGCCUCCUCUUUGCUACCGUCUGUAACCUUCUUGCAGUCAUGAUGAUCUACAAGUUCUGGGACUCUAUUACCAAAGAAGACCUUGAGUUCUCUGUUGGAGCGAAGAACAACAACUGGGACCUCAAGGCCCAACUUCUCAACGAGGAGGAGAAGAGAGCCACCAUGUACAUGGACAGCGAGUACGACAGCAGUCUGUACUACCAAGCUCCUCGCCAACACUCCAUGUACGGAAGCUCUAAUGGCAACUAA